UUUUUUCAGUGUAGAUUUAUUAAUGCAUGCAAGCGUAUGUGUGCAUGGGUCUGAAUACAUAGAUAUAAGUGACAUGAAUUUGCUUACACAUGUAUCACUGUAUAAAUUUGGAACCAAGUGAGAAGUGAUAAUUAUUUAAUGUAACAUAAAUAUUAUUUUAUGGAUAUCACCUAGCUGAACUAUAUUGCCUAACUGAACUAUAUUGGAACUGUGAAUUUCAUUUAAAAAGGAAGUAUUUUCUAAUGAAAACUGGAUAGAUAAAUGUAUUCUUUGCAACGAUUUACUUUCUGAGUAUUUUAAUAUAGUGUUUGUAACACUUGCAAUUUCAAAGGUUAAGGCAUUUUGCAGUAGGCAGACAUGCAGUUAUUAAGUAUAUUUCAUUCGCAUCUCAGAAUGAUUCAGGAAUUAUAUGCCUGAAUCGAUUUCUGCACGUGAGAUAGCAGCAUGUGACCUGCAGCGGACGACAAGCAGACUGUAUGUGCUUUCAGUUGUAUCUGAUUCAUUAAUUCGAAUUAAUUAAAGGUUGUGUUAGUACAGAUAUACCAUAUAGAUAGCGUACUGCUAAGUAACAUAUAUGUGUAUAAUAAUACAUGGAAUGGGUAAAAUGUGAAAAUAAAAUAUCUUGUGGUUGUUCAAUAAAUAUUUAAUGAAUAAUAUAACGAUGAAUUUUAAAGUAACUUUUCGGCUGGUAGAUAAGAAGAGUGGAGGAGUUGUAAGUUACAAGCAGGAUGGACAAAGAUUUGGUCAGUCUGUCACAGUGAAACUAAAUACUGAUACGGAAUAUGAGCUCACGGUCACAGUACGCCCUGCUGUGACGGUUAAAAAAUUAAUGAUAAAUGGUGGAGCCCAAACGCUUGAGCAUGCUGCUGGAAGCAAGGCAGAUGACAGCGAUUCCAAAACAUACAUUACACAGUACUCGACUGUCGGAUAUGACGUCAGCAAAAGUGGGAACAGGAAAGAGAUACUAUUGAUGCUGGAGUUUCAGAAUGGUGCAUAUAUGAAAACAAGCCUCCAGUGUAAGCUGUAUAAAGCAGGGGAGACAAGUCAUUCACAUUGGGGCCAGAAAUUGUCAGCAAUAGAUGUAGAAUGUAAGAUUGAGGAGGGACAUAACUAUAUCACAGUCCUUAAAGAGAAAUACCUAUGAGACAACAUACUGUAUCGAAAGUUUGAAACGAACUUGCUGUUUCUGCUAAGCUUAUCGAGUCAUUUAAUUUAUUAAAAUAUAUCAAGUAACAUGGAAAUUACUAACAACCAUGUUACCGGAUUGAGCAAUUUUCCCCGCGUGUGCGGUACCGAAAAUACUCGCGGGUUGGCCACCCCGAGUUAUGUAUUUAAAAAUAUGUUGAAUCAGGUACAAUUGUGGAAGAUUGCUAUUUUUGAAUGCGUCAACCUAUUUCGUAUAAAAGUAAACAGAAUUUCUAAUUUGAUUUCUGCUGAAUGUAUAUGUAAAUGUUUAAUCAUAAAUUGAAUAUUGAUGUUUCAUGUUCAAUAUGAUAUACAAAUAUUAUGUUAUAUCAAUCAAAAGUUUUCUCGAAAAUAAAAGAUGUAAAAAUAACAA